AUGUUUUUGUCCGGAAAGGUUGCGUGUUUGGGGCUGUUAGCAACUGCUAGCCUAGGAACUGCCGCCAGUCCCCCAUUAGCUCGGCGCAAUGAGACCUGUCAGAAGACAUCUGUGGCAAUUUUGGGAGCAGGUCUUACAGGCAUCACUGCCGCUCAAGCUUUAUCCAAUCAAUCCGUGUCCGACUUUAUAAUUCUCGAAUACAAUGGAGAUAUUGGCGGUCGUGUCGCUCACACGACUUUUGGUGCCGAUAAACAUGGGAAACCAUACGUCGUCGAGCUAGGUGCUAAUUGGGUACAAGGACUGGGGUCUGAAGGCGGCCCUGAAAAUCCAAUUUGGACUCUAGCCAAGAAGUGGAAUAUCAGCAACACAUACAGCAAUUAUUCGUCAAUACAAACAUUCAAUGCCUCGGGCUAUGCCGACUACAGCCAGCUCCUAGAUGAUUUUGAAGAUUAUUAUGCGACAUUUGAGCAAGAUGCUGGUUACAUACUUACCGAAAAUCUGCAGGAUCGCAGCGUCCGCAGCGGCUUGAGUUUGGCCGGCUGGAAACCAAAAAAGAACAUGGAAGCACAGGCAGUCGAAUGGUGGGAAUUUGACUGGGAAUAUGCGUACAGCCCUGAGCAAUCGUCUCAAGAAUUUGCCGUCGUCAACUAUAACACAACAUUUUACCAGUGGUCUGAUGCGAACAAUUUUGUCGUUGAUCAGCGAGGAUUCAAUGCUUUUAUCAAAGGUGAAGCGUCAGAAUUUCUCGCAAAAAAUGACUCGCGGCUCCGAUUGAACACCAUUGUAAAGGACAUCACUUACAGUGACUCGGGAGUCACCAUAUAUAAUAAAGAUGGUAGCUGUGUAGAUGCUGAUUAUGCUAUUUGUACCUUCUCGGUCGGAGUGCUCCAGAACGAUGUUGUUGAAUUUGACCCGCCUUUACCCGACUGGAAAAAAGAAGCCAUUGAUAGUUUCUCGAUGGGGACGUACACCAAACUCUUCCUCCAAUUUCCGCCGGACAAAGUCUUUUGGAAUACCUCCUAUCAGUUCUUGCUUUACGCUUCCCCUACUACACGCGGAUACUACCCAGUCUGGCAAUCACUCGAUUUGGAUGGGUUUAUUCCAGAUUCCGGCAUUCUUUUCGUAACCGUGGUCCAAGAUCAAUCCUAUCGCGUCGAGAGCCAAGACGAUGAACAAACAAAGGAGGAGGUUUUGGCGGUCCUGCGAGAGAUGUAUGGUCCUGAGAAUGUGCCCGUGCCUACCUCUUUUAUGUAUCCGCGUUGGUCAAAGGAGCCAUGGGCAUUCGGAAGCUAUUCGAACUGGCCUCCGGGCACCACCCUGGAGAUGCACCAAAACCUGCGUGCAAAUCUUGACAGACUCUACUUCGCUGGAGAAGCCACAAGCCCUGAAUACUUUGGUUUCCUUCAGGCCGCUUACUAUGAAGGCAAGAACGCCGGUAGUCUCAUUGCUUCAUGCGUCAAGGGCAAUUGCACAGGAGAAAAGAAUUAUGACGUACUUCAUGGUACCACGAAGAGCAGCGAGUACACAAUGGCCAAUGGAUGGAGCGUAUCUAGCUUUCUGACCUGGGGAUUCUGA